AUGUUUCUUCCUAUACUUUUGACUACAGCAUCACUGCUGUCAGUCACAGCAGCCCAUAAAGGAGGUCAUAAGCGGCGAUCAAUCCUGUCAAGCCCUCAAGCAUUGAACAAAACACUCACAAAUACAAUCCCCAAUGCUCCUGGAGGCCCAACUCUUUAUUAUAACGGCACAGGGCCUGUACCUUCCUAUAAUGAGACUUCCCCUAUUCCAGCUCCUUUACCUAUGCUAAGCAAGCAGGAAAUUGAAGACAAUAUAUUCAAUGAAAUCCAAGGCAUUGCAACCGCAAAUGGACUCACAACGAAUUGCGCAAAAUGUAUUGCAGGUACCGAAGUGAUGCACCUUGCAGCUAUUAUGCAACCCGUGGAUACGAUUGUGAAUCUUCUUAUUCGUGCCUGUGAAACCUUUCCAGAGGUCUUCGAUAGCAUCUAUGCCGAGACCUGUUACGAGGAAUACUCUGGAAUUGGUGGAACAGGUCCAUAUCUUGCUCAACUGUUUGCAAAAAUGAGCAUAGCCACUGAUGAUAUGCAGGGCUACUGUUUCUAUGUAUGGGAUACUUGUAGUCUACCUGCGACUAUUCCUAUUGAUGAAUCGGCAUACUUCAAACCAAAGCCAGCAAACAAAACAACGGCUCCUCCACCGUCUGACAAGACUAUUGAUGUCCUACAUCUCUCAGAUUGGCAUUUGGAUUCACGAUAUGAUAUUGGCAGCGAAGCCAACUGCUCACAAUACCUUUGUUGCAGACCAUACUCAGCAAAUACUGUACUUGACACGACGAGCGAUAAUCCAUCCAUACCCGCAUCUCGUUUUGGAUACUUCUACUGCGAUUCUCCUCCUGAUUUGGCUCUCUCUGCAUUCUCAACCAUGGACCAAUUCAUCAACAGAUCUAGUGUGGCAUUCACAAUCUUUACUGGUGAUAUUGUGAGCCAUGACAAUGACGACCAAAUAAGUAGAGAUUACGUAGAGUAUGAAGAGACGGUCACCUACCAGACUUUCAAAGCUCAAAUGAAAGACAGUCCUAUCUACGCUACUCUAGGAAAUCAUGAUUCUCUUCCAGAAGCUUUGAGCUCCCCAAAUUCCAUCAACAACUCUACAGGACAAUCAAAUAUGUUCUCUUGGAACUACAAUCUCUUGUCCAGCUUAUGGCUGAACAAUGGAUGGAUCGAUACUAAAGCAGCACAGUACGCUUCUAAUCAUUAUGGCGCAUAUGCUACUGUCACGCCUCAAGGUUUAAAGAUCAUAUCUAUCAAUACGGACUUUUGGUACACGGAUAACAUCUUCAACUUCUUCAAUAUGACCAAUCCAGACACUUCUGGUGUUCUUACUUUCCUUGCAAACGAACUUCAAAAAUCAGAAGAUAUCGAUCAACGAGUUUGGAUCAUUGGACAUGUACUGCCCGGAUAUGACGGCUCAAAUGCGCUUCCUAACCCCACAGCUUUGUUCUAUAGUAUUGUUGCUCGGUUCUCCCCAGCUACAAUAGCAGGAAUAUUCUUUGGACAUACACACGAAGAUCAGCUUAUGAUCUAUUAUGAUUAUCUACCAAACUCAACAAUCUCAAGCAAAACAUCUUCGAUCCUUCGUAACACCACUUUAGUCGAUUACAACAAUCCUCUCCAAGUUGCAUACAUCGGACCUUCUAUCACCCCUCUCACAGGCAACAAUGCUGGCUGGGUUCACCUUGAGGUCGAUGCUUCUACUUUCUCCGUCGUUAAUUCUCAGACUUACUUCGCCAACAUGUCCAAUGCCAAUUCCUGGACAACACCGAUAUGGGAAUUGGAGUACGACACACGCCAAAUAUACGACACCAAUACUACAUGGCCUACCAAUGCUCCGCUAGAUGGCGCCUUUUGGCAUGGCGUGACGGAGAACAUGUUGGCAAACAAUACUCUAGUAGAAGUUUACAAUUUCCUCGAAACGAAAAGUUCGGCAAAGACGAAAAGCUGUACGUCGUUUCUGGUGGUGGUAGUGAGCGCUGGCGCUUCCAUUUGGGAACCAAUUGUACAGCCGCCGUUUAUGCAGGAUCAUGUACUUACUUGGGUUCACGCCGAAGCUGAGACAAGUCUCAUGUCGCUUAUUGGGCUUGCUAGGCAGACUUAUUGGGCAAAAGGGCUGGACAAAAAUAAGAAGGGAUAUGCGCUGAGACUUAUAGAUGCUAUCUAUGGCGUCUAUGGCGUCUAUGGCGUCGUUAUGCGCUUGUAG